GCAAUACUGAACUGUUUUCGUCCAUUUUGUGUAGCUUAGCUAGCCUGGCUAACGUUACCUUGAGUACUGAGCAGCAGAGAUGGAUGACGGUGACGAGCCGGGUCUAGUCCUCUCUCACAACACUUCUUCAGGCUCUAAGUCGGGCGGGGACAAGAUGUUUUCCCUAAAGAAGUGGAAUGCUGUAGCGAUGUGGAGCUGGGACGUUGAAUGCGACACCUGUGCCAUCUGUCGGGUACAGGUGAUGGACGCUUGUCUCCGAUGCCAGGCGGAAAACAAACAGGAGGAUUGUGUUGUUGUAUGGGGGGAGUGCAACCACUCCUUCCAUAAUUGCUGCAUGUCCCUUUGGGUGAAGCAGAACAACCGCUGUCCCCUCUGCCAGCAGGACUGGGUGGUUCAGAGAAUCGGCAAAUAAACUCCACACCCGGGCAAUCUAGAUUCUCAGACAGCACCUGUAUGCACCCAAAAGUGGUGACAGACUUGAAAAUGAUCACUGCAACAUCCUGCGCAGAGCCACUGACAUCAACAACAUGAUGUGGCUGGAGGGUCAUGAAGAGACGGAUGAAACUUGUUGCAGUGUUUGGUCACAUGUUAGCUUUACAUUAUUGUCUGUGGUGGUGUUCGGCACCUCUAGAAUAUGUGACUGUCAUUUAAAAAAAAAUAAAGAAUUGUGAAUAGCUAUAAAUAUGUACUUUUUCAUCUAGUAGUUUGAAUAUGCUCAAUCUAUAAUUCCUAUAAAUAAGUGAGAUUAUGGAAAUUGGUACUAUAUGUUGUUAUACAUGUGUAGAUUCAGGAAAGAAAGGGCUGGGUAUGGAACAUAACUUUUUUUUUUGCUACUGACAGAAAUUUGUGCACAUCAUGAAACAGUCAAAGUACAGAAAUGUGGCAUUAAAUUCUCACCAAUACUCAUUUUUA